AUGUUUUGUGCCGAGAGCUUCUUGAUUUCGAUCAGCACUGCCAGCAUGACGACUACGAGAUACACAGAAUUGGAAUGGCGCGCCAUGAUUUCAGAUGUUGCGCGCGAGCUCGAGGUGUACGAACAGGACUACUGUCCUGACAUGGACAAAAUCGACAUAGCACGCACCAUCGACCACACGCUGCUCAAAUUAGAUGCGACGCCCAAACAGAUUGACGAGCUGUGCGCAGAGGCCAGAGUAGCCAACUUUGCUGUAAACAUCUUCUUUGCUUCGCUCCUUCCUUUAAUCGAACUUGCUAACGCUAUACUGUGCAGANGCGUUUGCGUCCGACCCAAUUAUGUCGCCCAAGCACAUGCCAAUCUCAAAGGAAGCACCGUCUUGAUUGCCAGCGUCAUUGGCUUCCACCAGGGUACCCAAGACACGUACUACAAGCUGCAAGAAACUCGAAUGGCACUCGCUGCUGGCGCACACGAACUCGACGUUGUCAUCAACUGGCCUCUGCUCAAACAACAAGAGUACAGUGAGAUCUACCACGAACUCGCCCUCAUACGCUCAAUGGCACCUCAUCCGACCGUCCUCAAACUCAUCUUCGAGACUUCCCAACUCGCUUCUAGAGACAUUGUCGCUGCGUGUACUAUUGCUUCGGCUGCAAAUUUCGACUUUGUCAAGACAUCAACAGGCUUCCUUGGACAUGGCGCAAAGGUUGAGCAUGUCAGGCUUAUGCGUGCUGCUUGCGACCACUUAGCAGGCAAACGCACCGACCGUCACAGGAUGCAAGUCAAGGCUAGCGGAGGCGUGAGGACUGUCGAAGAUGCUACCACCAUGCUGAAAGCUGGUGCCACUAGACUAGGUACCAGUGGUGGUGUGUGGAUUGUCAAGGAACAGGGUGUGAGAAAAUCGAGUCCUGUGCAGAGCGAGAGAAGAGAUUCGAGGCCUAGUCUGUCUACGAGGCUUUUUACUGACUAUUAA